CAAGUUUGCUUUCUUAAGUGGUUUGAACAUUGCAUGUAGUGUUAGCUUUCUAAAGCACCUUAUUUUGGAGUUGAGAAAGCCAUAUAGACGUGUAAUCACCUAUUAAGAUGUAUUGGUCCUAUUGUCUUGGAUUGUAUUACGUUAAAUAGCAUAGACAAAUAGAUCGAAAGAAAUAUUGAAAAUUAGCAGACUUGAAAUCUGAAGAUAGAUGUAAAUAAACGGCAGAAAAUCAACAUAAAGAAACAAGACCAAAACAAAUAAACAAACAAGAUGUUGAUGCCAAACCAUUCAAGUAACAGUUCCAGCGUUACACCAAAUGUCAACUUUGAUAAUCUUUAUCCAGCCAUUCUGCAAUGUUUUGUUAUUAUAUUAUUUGGCUAUGUGGCUGGACGAACAGGGAUAAUAUCCAUUACUCAAGGAAAGGGAAUUGGAACCUUUGUCUCAAAAUUCUGUUUACCAGCGCUGCUAUUCCAGAGCAUGUGCGAACUUAAGUUUUCUCAAGUGAACUGGAUAUUUCUGGGCAGUAUUUUGAUUGCUAAAACUGGUGUGUUCUUUGCGGUCUUCUGUGCCACCAUUGUCGUCAAGCGACCUUUGAACCUUGGUUGUGCCGGGCUGUAUGCAAUAUUCUGUACACAAAGCAAUGAUUUUGCUCUGGGUUACCCUAUUUUACAAGCUCUGUAUAAUGACAGCCAUCCUGAAUACCUACAGUAUAUCUAUCUUAUAGCACCUAUAUCACUUGUGUUCUUAAAUCCUAUAGGAUUCGUCUUUAUGGAACUACACAAGAAUAAACAACAUCAUAAACAUUCCACAGGAGUGGUCUUUCUACAUGUGUUCAAAGGAAUUGUAUCAAACCCUAUUGUGUUUAUGACAGCUAUCGGUAUUGCUGGAAAUUUUAUUUUUAAACAAACGGUUCCAAAUGUUAUUGGUGAUAUUUUAAAAGUUUUAGGUAAUGCCUUCAGUGCCACCGCUUUAUUUUAUUUGGGUUUAAAUUUAGUGGGCAAGUUGAAAGGCCAACUUGGUAUAGGUCUGGUUGUUCCUAUUCUACUUAUAGCCUCUAAAUCAAUAUUACUGCCGUUAUUUACUUGGGAAGUUAUAGGCUGGUUAGAAACAGGUCAAUCAUUCAAUCAAAGUGAAUCUUUGGGAAUGUAUGGAUUUUUAUAUGGUACUUUCCCUUCUGCACCUUCUGUAUUUUUAUAUGCCAGUCAAUAUGGCAUUGCUCAGGACACAAUUGCUACAAGUAUGGUUGCAGGAACGUUUAUAUCAGCUCCACUGAUGUUUGUUUCUGCUAAAAUGAUGACAGUAGUUGUAUCAAGUGAAUUAGAUUAUAAAUCUCUGUUAUUAGAUACAUCAUUUGAUACUAGUAUACUGGGUAUUAUCUGUUGUUUGUGGGUAUUAGGUGUACUGGUAGCAAGUGGUAGAUGGAAAGGUAUACCACAUCGAUUUUUAUUAUGUCUGGUUAUUUCACAGCUAGCAGCCUGUCUAGGAAUGGUUAUAUACAGCAAAUCUAGCUCACAAAUGCUCUGGCAAAAUUAUGUUCAGUUUAUUGUUCUGCUGUUUGGGGUAUUUGGAUCAAGAUGUUGGACAUCUAUGAUAGCUGUAGCACUGUGUAUGCUCCACACCAGAAGUUUAUGUUACGUUCUUAAAAAUCAAGUAUGGAUGUUUUUUUAUGGUUUUGGGUUACCAGUGUUUUUAACAGGUUUCUUGUUUUUGAUUGGUCGAAACAAUCUGAGUACUGAGAUAGAUCCUUCAUUUCACUAUGGUUACCAUCAGAAAUGGAAAUAUGUAGGUGAUAUUAUCACAUGCUAUAAGUUUAUUAGAGGCAUUUGGUUUAUGUCUGCGGAUGAUUGACGCACAUCUAAAUUUGAAUGUAGCACAUUUAUUUUUAUUUCACCCCUGUUCUCUAUCUAUUAUUAAAUUGAUUCUUGCUUUAAAGGUCAAGUUUUGAUACAUUUUCUCCAGCUUUCUUUAUAGAGUGAGGCUUCACUAGAAAGUGAGACAUGUAAAUUAUCGGUAGAAAAUUGAAUAUUUGUGAAAAAAAAAUUUUUCGAACCAAAAUCAGAUUUUCAUAUAGGGCUGGCAUUUGUUUGUGAUGUUUCAAAAAUUCUAGAACAAUCUCUACCUGCAAUUCUCUAGACAUGCCUGGUGUUAUUAGAACAUCAAAACAUGAUGUACAUAACAAAUAAUAUAUAUUAAUUUUUCAGUUGCUUUUUUUCUUCUUUAGUUAUAUUGAUUUAAAGAUCAGCUUUUAUACUGUAACUGCAGA